AUGCCUUUCAUUCUUAUUGCUGAGGAAUGCAUUGCAGCUUUUGUGGUCCUAGGAAAGGUUUUCUUUGAAGUAUUAAGCACAGGAACCCACCAGUUACUGUUCGUGCUUAGUUGCCUGAGCUCCACAUGUACAUCAGCAGAAAUGCAUCCCAAAGUACAAGGAUUGAUGACUCAGCGAGGGAGUGGACUUGUCAAUGAUGCAUUUCAGCAAGCACUUGAUCUUGUUAAUGCUGCCUACAAAAGAUCAAGAGACAGGAGUAAAGCAGUGCUGGCUGAAGGCUUCAUUAGUGCCAAUGACCUGCUCAGCUUCUUCAAACAUCCAGUAGCAGAGACUCGCAUGGCAGUGAGAGCAGCUGAGUUGAUGGAAACUGCCAUGGAACUCAUUCGGCAGAUGGUUUACACCCAGGAGAAGAUAUUCAGGAAUGUAACAGAUCUGCUCAGCAAGCUUGAUCUUCAGGUGCUGGCUGAUGCAACAGGUUGCACUAGUCAGUUGCGGUCGGUGACUUGCUCCAGUUCCUGCCUUCUCAACAAAUAUCGAACCAUUACUGGCAUCUGCAAUAACAGACAGCAUUCCUGGUGGGGAGCAGCUAAUGUCCCAUAUACGCGAUGGCUACCGCCAGAAUACGAUGAUGGAUUCUCACUUCCGAAAGGAUGGGUCAAAGACAAAGAAUAUAACAGGUUCCCCUUACCACUGGCCAGGACAGUAUCAACUGCAAUCCUGUACACCUGCAAUGAGAACAUUUCUCUGGACAGUAGGUAUGCUCACAUACUGGUGGAGUGGGGACAGUGGAUUGACCAUGAUAUGGACCUGACACCUCAAACUGCCAGUUCCUCUUCCUUUUUCGACAGCAGUGACUGUACAUCAUCGUGUCACAAUGGAGGCCCAUGCUUCCCAAUACAGAUCCCUGAUGGUGACCCACGUGCCUACGAAAGGGAGAAAUGCAUGCCCUUCUUCCGUUCAGCUCCAGCAUGUGGGAGUGGCAAGUCCGGUGUCUUCUCAGGACAGCUCCAUCCCAGGGAACAAAUAAACGGUAUCACUUCCUUUGUGGAUGCCAGCAUGGUUUACGGGAGCACAGACUCCCUGGCACGGAAACUGAGGAAUCUUACCAAUGAUCUCGGAUACCUAGCCGUGAACCAGGAAUACUCUGAUGAUGGCCUGGCCUACCUGCCCUUCAUGAGCAAAACACUUCAAAGUCCCUGUGAACUGACCAGAGACCAGUCUCUCAACACAAACAAGUCAAAUAUUGCUUGUUUUCUGGCAGGAGAUUCCCGAGCAAACGAACAUUUAGGGAUGCAGGUACUGCACACAAUCUUCUUACGAGAGCACAAUCGAAUAGCCUCAGAACUGCACCAACUAAAUCCACACUGGAGUGGAGAGACCCUGUAUCAGGAAGCACGGAAAAUAAUAGGAGCAUACCAUCAGGUUAUAAACUGGAAGGAAUAUGUACCUAGAAUUCUCGGGCCAGACGCCACAAAGCAGCAGCUGCCUCCUUACAAGGGUUACGAUGAAACAGUUGACCCUCGGAUUUCUAACGUAUUUGCCACAGCAGCAUUUCGUUUUGCUCACGUUACCAUCCACCCGACAGUGUUUCGACUAAAUGAAGACUACAGAGAGAGCCCAGCCUACCCCAGCAUCUCUCUGCACAAAUCAUUCUUCUCUCCCUGGAGAAUUAUUGAAGAAGGAGGUAUUGACCCUAUCAUUCGAGGAGUUAUACUGAACUCUGCCAAGCUUCAAACACAAACACAGAUGAUGCCAGAAGAGCUGACAGAAAAGUUGUUUCAGCCCAAGGAAUCCUUAGCAUUGGAUCUGGCAGCACUAAAUCUCCAGCGAGGGAGAGAUCACGGGCUACCAAGUUACGGCUCUUGGAGACGAUUCUGUGGACUACAGGAAGCCAGAAAUCUCUCUGAAUUAAUACAAAUAUUUAACAGCACAUUCUUGGCCAAGAAGCUCCUAUCAGUGUACAAGACACCUGCCAAUAUAGACACGUGGGUCGGUGCAAUAGCUGAGCCAUUGUUGCCUCGAGCUCGGGUUGGAGAACUCCUGGCCUGCCUUCUUGGAAAGCAAUUCCAAGUUUUGAGGGAUGGAGACAGGUUUUGGUGGGAAAGUGAAGGUGUGUUUACUAGCCAGCAGAGAGAAGAGCUGAGCAAAGUCACCCUGUCCAGAAUCAUAUGUGACAACACCAGGAUUCAGAGAAUCCCAGUGGAUGUCUUCUCACGGAAUCGAUAUCCCGAUGACUUUGUGUACUGUAACAGUUCAGCCAUCCCCUCACUCAAUCUGUCUCUGUGGAGAGAGAAUGUCACAGGUUUAGUCCCUCUCACCUUUAAAGCUGCCAUCAUCACUGCUCUCAUUGAGAGAAUUCACUUCUCACUUCUAAUCUGUGUAUAG